AUGGCAGGUCCACUAGUAAUCAUUAAUAUUAAAGAAAAGCCAAUUGAUGAUAAAACUCCUAAGAAAUAUAAAGGAAGUAUUUCCAGAGGUAGGCAGAUUACUGUCACAAGGUAUGGAAAGUACUCAGACUUCUUCAAAUAUGAACAUAAAGACUCGGGUGAAAGAAGUCAACCAUUCACACUAAUGGCAGUAAUUGAUGAUCAAAGCAAGAAUGUAGGAGUCGGUAGAGACCAUGUAACUUCAGUUUCAGCUUAUUACUGGAAGCAUGAGGAUUCUAAGGAUGGGAAACCUAAGAAGGCGCUCCUAGUUGAAGUUACCACAACGGCUAAAGGAACUAAGUAUUAUAUCAGGGGUACUGGUAGAAACCCAUGGAAUCCGCUUCCUGUAUUCUCAGGUUCUCAAUCCAAUCAACCACUCUCUGAUGAGAAUCUUGAGCAGAAACUGGAACAUCUUAAUUGCCAACUCAACAAUGCAGUUGUUAUAGAUAUUACCAGGAAUAAAUCUUCUCAAGGAAACAAGUACUGUUGUUACAAUCAUCAUGGCGAAGAAAGGGUCUAUGUUGAGCAAAAGACCGUUUCUUGUACAAGACAUAGCUUAAGUCACCUUACAUACUACGAGCAUAAAGUUAAUACUGGUAUAUGGAGGGUAGCGGCUAUCAAGUACUAUUAUACUGUUGGUGUUAAAAGGAAGAGGAUAAAUAUUACUGGCCUUGGGUUACCUACCAAAGAGUUGGUAAAAGUCUAUGUAUUUUACUCUGAUAGUAGGGAUCCGGUUCUCAUCUAUGUUCAUGGUGGAGGCGCAGGUGCUACAGGUUGGUAUCAGAACAAGGGUAACCACGUUUGGGAAAAAGCCCCUGAUGGCCUCAAAAGUAUAACACCUGACAAUCUCAGUAUACUUGACUGUAGCGACAAAGACUUUAAAGCACUUGCGGAGGAACUAAAUCGACUUGGAUGUACAGGCUUGCAACAAUGUACUAGAACUCUUGAUCCUGAACAUCUUGGACAAAACGGUGUUCAACGUGAGGAAGUUCCAGCUGCUGACUUAUCUGACCAGGUUCCUGAUACAGAAUCUGAGACUAAGAUUCUCCUACAAGGAACUCCUGUAGCUCAAAUGGCUGAAGAUGCUAUAGAUGGUGAAAGACUAAAAAUUGGUCUUGGUUCUGAUACUUCUGCUUUUGAACCUCUUAAAGAUCAACUUCAAGAAGCCUCAGGUCUUACUGAUUGGGGUAUAGAGAACAUUCUUGGAGCAUUUGCUGGUAUUUUUACAGCAUCUAUUAUAACUACUUUUGCAUCAUGGAAACUUUAUAAAUUCUACCAAAAUUACUCUGACCCGUGGGUUAGGCAGAUCUAA